GCGAAAUCUGUGUUAAGUGAAUGAAUAAAAGUUAAACCACAUCACAUUUAUAAAUUCUUGCCAUUACAAAGCCCCCUUUUUUUCUUCAAUAAAACAUGAAUGAUUAUUGCAGUAUUGUCGGUAUCAGUAAGUCAAAUAUUCAUUUUAGGGAUUUCGGAAUUUCUUGUGCAGGCUUCGCAUAUUCGUACAUGAAUCCAAAUGAUAUUCGUAUUCAUAUAGAAUGGGAAGGUGGUCCUUUGUCCAAUGAAAUAGCCAUUACUAAUUAUCUUCACGAAUUGAGAAAAGUUUUAGAACAAACUAUACGUAGUGAACGACAGGUUGAUUUUUAUACUCAGAUUUUAUUUAUCUUAGCGAUUCCAGAUAAAUAUACAAUUUCGACUUGGACUAUAAGAGAAUGCGCUUUCAAAGCAGGAUUAUUAAGGGAUCUGUAUAGUCAAAAUUUGAAAUUUAUCACAGAAUCCGAAGCUAUUGCGAUUUUUUGUAUGAAAUAUUUAAAAUCUCAUAAUAUAUCGGUCGGUGAAAAUUUUAUGAUAAUUGAUUGUGGAGGGGACAUAGUAAGUUUGACAACAAGGCAGCUUUUGGAAAAUGAAAGACUAAGUUUGAUAGCAGAAAGAAUUGGAAAUGAUUGUGGUAGUAGUUCCGUAGAUCAAGAAUUUCUUAAAUUUUUAGAGAACAACGUUGGAUCUUUUGCAAUUAAUUACGUUAAAGAAAAUCGACCAUACCAAAUACAAUAUAUAUUACAAGUAUUUUUUAGACUUUACAAGAUAAAUUUUACUGGAAUCCAAUCAGAAUUUGAUACCGUCAAAUUUGAUUCAAAAGCACACCAACCUUUUUUAGCACAAUAUUGUAAUGAAGAAUAUAAUACUAAUAAAAAAGGAAUUGGAUGGUCUUUUGAGUUAAAAUUUGAAGAUAUUAAAGCGAUAUUUGAUCCCAUUAUAGAAAAGAUUAUACAACUAAUUGACUCCCAAUUACGUUUAUGUGAUGAUAAUUGUUUUGCAUUAUCAUUAGUCGGUGAACUUGGAAAAUCAAAAUAUUUACAAUCAAGAAUUAAAAAAGAAUUUAAUACAAGAGUACGACUUAUUUCUAGACCACCUUAUUCUGUUACCGCUAUUAUGAGAGGAGCUGUACUGUAUGGCUUGUAUCAUGUUAAUCAGAAUCGUAUUAAGAAUCAAUUAAAAAAUACUAUUAAAGAGCUUAAAGAAGUUAAAGAAAAAAAUGAAGUAUUACAAGACCAAAUGCUACUUUAUGUUAAUUUACAGGAAGAAUACAAAACAUUAAUAAAUAAAUAUAAUAAUGAGACUAAUCAGCAUAAAAUAAUUGUUGAAAAGUUAAAACGCGAUAUUAAAGGAAUUGAAGAAAAAUAUCAAAAUCAAAUUAUUGAUAAUCAACGAUAUCAAAAUAAAAUCAAGUUGCAAGAACCAAGAAUCAAUCAAUUACAACAAGAUGUAAAAUUGAAAGAGAAUCAAUUAAAAAAGUUAGAAAAAGAAAAGGAAGAAUUAGAUAAUGAAAAUGGAAAUUUGCACCAAAAAAAUAUCUAUUUAUUGAAUCAAUUAGAAAAUAAUUUUCAACAAAAUAUUUUAUUGGACGAAACAUCAAACUACCAAUCAGAAGAUACUAACCAAAAUCAUAUUAAUAGUUUAAAUAACGAUAUCUUACAAUUAAGUGAUAAUCUAAAAAAAUACAUAACUGAUUUGAAUCAGGAUGUUAUUGUUAAUAUGGAAGAAAUUAAAAAGCUUUUAUUGCUUUAUAAAUGUUCAAUUAAAAUUACAAAUCAAAAAGAUGAUCAAUUACUUAUUCAAGCAGUUUUACAACGCCAUAUUAUUGAGACAAUAUUAUCCUAUGCAACAAAAUACUUUCAAAGUACAGGACAACAUUAUCAUCUUGAAGCAAAUAUUGUUAAUAAAGCAUCUUUAUUAUCCACAUUAUUAACUAACAUUUCUAGGUAUCGCAUUGGAAACGAUGAAAUAGCACAUGUAGCAACAACAAAAUUGCGUCAGUAUAUAUAUUCAAUCCUUAAUAAUCGUGGAUUUGCCAAUAUAUAUGGAGAAGACCAUAUUACAUAUGAGCAUCCUUUCAUUGCUUAUUAUAAAGAAGAAUUAGACAAAACUAUGAAUGAAUUACGUAUUGUUAAAGGUCAAGAGAAAAUUGCAUCCGAAAAUUUGGCAGCAAUUAUAAUUUGUGAAGUUACAAAAAUAUUUUGGUUUAGAUUGAAAAUUCAUGAAUCCGUUAUACAAUAUGUUUGGAUUCCAUGUGAUGUUCAAGUAAAUGAAGUGUUUAUGGAAGGAAAUAAUUUUGAUGAUGAUAAUGAUAAUGAUAAUUUGUAUGUUGGUUUGUGCUAUUUUCCUUUAAUUGGGAGAGAUCUUACAUCAUCAAAUAAUCGAGAAGUUUAUUCUCUUGCAAAAGUUUUUGUACAAAGAAAUCAACAUCAAAUUUGACAAAAAUAACAAAUUCAAAUUUAUUUGAAGUGAUUAUUUUUGCUUCAUCCUAUUCAGCACAGAUAAAUUAACAUUUUGUAAACAAAUCGUAUGAUUAUAGCUAUAAAAUAUAAAUAAAGAUAUUAAACUUUUCU